CGCCCUUUAUACUCACUUCCGCCCGCGCGCCACUUCCUUUUCUUUCGGCGGAGCGCGGCGGUAAGAUGGCCGUGCAGAUUUCCAAGAAGAGGAAGUUUGUCGCUGAUGGCAUCUUUAAAGCUGAACUGAAUGAGUUUCUUACUCGGGAGCUGGCUGAAGAUGGCUACUCUGGAGUUGAGGUGCGAGUUACACCAACCAGGACAGAAAUCAUUAUCUUAGCCACCAGAACACAGAAUGUUCUUGGUGAGAAGGGCCGGCGGAUUCGGGAACUGACUGCUGUAGUUCAGAAGAGGUUUGGCUUUCCAGAGGGCAGUGUAGAGCUUUAUGCUGAAAAGGUGGCCACUAGAGGUCUGUGUGCCAUUGCCCAGGCAGAGUCUCUGCGUUACAAACUCCUAGGAGGGCUUGCUGUGCGGAGGGCCUGCUAUGGUGUGCUGCGGUUCAUCAUGGAGAGCGGGGCCAAAGGCUGCGAGGUCGUGGUAUCUGGGAAACUCCGAGGACAGAGGGCUAAAUCCAUGAAGUUUGUGGAUGGCCUGAUGAUCCACAGUGGAGACCCUGUUAACUACUACGUUGACACUGCUGUGCGCCAUGUGUUGCUCAGACAGGGUGUGCUGGGCAUCAAGGUGAAGAUCAUGCUGCCCUGGGACCCAACUGGUAAGAUUGGCCCUAAGAAGCCCCUGCCUGACCACGUGAGCAUCGUGGAACCCAAAGAUGAAAUACUGCCUACCACUCCCAUCUCAGAACAGAAGGGUGGGAAGCCAGAGCCGCCUGCCAUGCCCCAGCCAGUCCCCACAGCAUAACAGGGUCUCCUUGGCAGCUGUAUUCUGGCGUCUGGAUGUUGCUUUGUAAAGAUCUUUAAUAAAAUCUGGUACAAAGAC